GGGAUAAAAGGAGCAUGGAGCAUGAGAGAGCCGCUAGUUUUCUCAGCCUUUUAGAACGUAGUGCAAACAUCUCUCUUGGGUGUCUCUCCAUUUCCUGACAGCAAUGGCUACCACUAUCAGGAAAUACACCUCUUCUUCUUCUGUGAAGGGCCCUUCAUUUGGUGGGUGCGCCCCUCAGCUUUCCUCCGUCCAUCUUGGUGGUGGGUACAGAGCCCCGAGCAUCCAUGGUGGAGCUGGUGGCAUCUCCAUCUCUUCCUCCCGCUAUGUCUCUGGAGUAGGAAAUGCUCUUGGUGGUGGCUAUGGGGGCAGCUACUGUAGCAACUUUGGUGGAGGCUUUGGUGGAGGCCUUGGUGGAGGCCUUGGUGGUGGGUUUGGUGGAGGCUUUGGUGGAAGCUUUGUUGCUACUGGUGGUGAAGGCCUCCUGCUUGGUGGGGGCGAGAAGGAAACCAUGCAGAAUCUGAACGACCGCCUGGCUUCCUACCUGGACAAGGUGCGGGCACUGGAGGAAUCCAACACUGAACUGGAGGUUAAGAUCCGGGAGUGGCACAAGAAGCAGGCACCUGGUCCAGAUCGUGAUUACAGCCCAUAUUUCAGGACCAUUGAGGAUCUGCGGAGCAAGAUCCUUGCUGCCACCGUUCAGAAUGCCGGUGUCCUCUUGCAGAUUGACAAUGCUAAGUUGACCGGCGAUGACUUCAGAACCAAGUUUGAGACCGAGCAGGCACUGCGCAUGAGUGUUGAGGCUGACAUCAAUGGCCUGCGCAGAGUCUUGGAUGAACUAACCCUGGCCAGAUCUGACCUGGAAAUGCAGCUAGAAAAUCUAAAGGAGGAGCUGGCUUACCUGCACAAGAACCAUACGGAGGAAAUGAAUCUUUUCCGAAGCCAGACUGGUGGUGAAAUCACUGUGGAAAUGGAUGCUGCUCCUGGGGUGGAUCUGACCAAGGUCCUGGCAGAGAUGCGUGAACAGUAUGAGACCUUGGCGGAGAAGAACCGCAAAGACGCCGAGCAGUGGUUCUUCAGCAAGACUGAAGAGCUGAACCGUGAAGUCGCCAUGCAUACGGAGCAACUGCACAGUGGCAAGUCAGAAAUCACAGAACUGAGACGUACCCUCCAAGGCUUGGAGAUAGAGCUGCAGGCCCAGCUUAGCACGAAAGCAGCUCUGGAAGGCAGCCUGGCAGACACAGAGGCCCGCUAUGGGUCCCAGCUCGCCCAGAUCCAGGCUCUGGUCGUCAGUGUGGAGGAGCAGCUAGCUGAGCUGAGGUGUGACAUGGAGCGCCAGAACCACGAAUACAAGAUCCUCCUCGAUACCAAGACCCGCCUGGAACAAGAGAUCAUCACCUACCGCCGCCUGCUGGAGGGAGAGGACACCCAUAUUUCUUCCCAGUACUCAUCGGCAAUAUGUAGCGGACCUGCAACCACCCGUCAGGUCCGCACAAUUGUCGAGGAGGUCCAAGAUGGAAAAGUGAUUUCGUCUCGCGAACAGGUCCAUGUCUCUGGGCGUUAAGUACCUUGAACACAUCAGCUUUGCCCCCUCAUUUGUGUUCCUGCUCUGAGUUUUAGUUUCCUGCUCUACUCCUUAUCAGCAUCUAUUUGAACUCUUGUAUGGCUGUACCCACAAGGCUCUAAUAAAGCAUUUUCAUUCUGGCAAA